GUGUUCCCUCUUGCUUCUGCCUAUGUGUCAAGUGGCAGGAGAAAUUUUGAAAGCUGUGAGGAGGAGCUAGUGACUGGGUUUUGGGGUGUUUCGUACCCCACCCUCCCCACUUGUAGGAAAACCUCUGCACAUUCAGAGGUAAUUGAAUUGGAAGGAGGAGGACUGACCUGGAAAUAGGAGGAAAGCAAUUCUCCUGCUCUUCCUUCUGUCUUUUAUCGCUUGCCUCCUGACUCUCCUCCAAACCCAGCUCAGCUGCGCCAAGGUGGCCGCAGCAUACCCCACGCACGUGCCAGCCAUUGGGGAAUCUGCUAAAGCCACCCUGUGCAUCCCAAGCUGCCCUAUUAUCCAGCCACCAUCCCUGACCAUUGGGACCACUUCUGAUGGCUGUGGCCUCGGCUGCCCCAGGGAGCAUCUUCUGUAAGCAGCUCCUUUUCUGUCUCCUGGUUUUAAUAUUAUCUUGCGAUGCUUGUCAGAACAUUUCUCUUCAAGUUCCUUCUCAUCUUCAGGCCGAAACACUUGUAGGCAAAGUGAAUCUGAAGGAAUGCUUCCCUUCGGCCCGCCUAAUCCUGUCAAGCGAUCCCGACUUCAGGAUUCUAGAGGAUGGUUCCAUUUACACAACACAUGACCUCAUUUUGUCUUCUGAAAGGAAGAGCUUUUCCAUUUUUCCUUCAGACAGCCAGAGCCAAGAACAGAAAAAGAUAGAAAUCGUACUGGACGUGGGAGGAAAGAAGGCUCCCAAGAAGAGGCACACCAGAGACACAGUUCUCAAACGCAGCAAGAGACGAUGGGCCCCUAUUCCCUGUUCACUAAUGGAGAACUCACUAGGUCCGUUUCCACAACAUGUUCAGCAGGUCCAGUCUGAUGCUGCACAGAACUACACCAUCUUUUAUUCCAUAAGUGGACCAGGAGUGGACAAAGAACCCUUCAAUUUGUUCUUCAUAGAUAAGGACACAGGGGAUAUCUUUUGUACACGAAGCAUAGACCGUGAGCAAUAUGAACAGUUUCCACUAUAUGCCUACGCCACGACAGCAGACGGUUAUGCCCCAGAGUACCCACUCCCCUUGCUGUUCAGAGUUGAAGAUGAUAACGAUAAUGCUCCGUAUUUUGAAAACAAAGUGACUGUCUUUAGUGUGCCUGAAAAUUGUCGAACUGGAACUUCGGUGGGACAAGUGACUGCCGUAGACCUCGAUGAACCUGACACUCUCCAUACUCGUCUGAAGUAUAAAAUCUUACAGCAAAUCCCAGAUCAUCCAAAGCAUUUCUCCAUACAUCCAGACACAGGUGUCAUCACCACAACUACACCUUUGCUGGAUAGAGAACAUUGUGAUACAUACAAGUUAGUAAUGGAAGUGCGAGACAUGGGGGGCCAACCUUUUGGUUUAUUUAAUACAGGAACAAUUACUAUUUCACUUGAGGAUGAAAAUGACAAUCCACCAUAUUUUACCGAAACUUCUUAUUUUACAGAAGUAGAAGAAAACAGAAUUGACGUCGAGAUUUUACGAAUGGCAGUACAUGACCAGGACUUGCCAAACACUCCUCACUCAAAGGCUGUCUACAAGAUCCUACAAGGAAAUGAAAAUGGAAACUUCAAAAUUAGCACAGACCCCAAUACAAAUGAAGCAGUCUUGUGUGUUGUCAAGCCAUUGAACUAUGAAGUCAAUCACCAGGUUGUUUUGCAAAUUGGUGUACUUAAUGAAGCACAAUUCACUAAAGCAGCAAAUUCAAAAACUCCUACUAUGUGCACCACAACUGUCACUGUUAAAAUUAAAGACAGUGAUGAGGGUCCUGAAUGCCAACCUCCAGUAAAAGUUAUUCAGAGUAGAGAUGGCCUCCAACCUGGACUAGAAUUGCAGGGAUACAAAGCGUUGGAUCCAGAAACACGCAGUGGUGAAGGCUUAAGGUAUAAGAAGAUAGGAGAUGAAGAUAACUGGUUUGAAAUUAAUGAACACACCGGUGACCUGAGAACUAUAAAAGUGCUAGACAGAGAAUCGAAAUUUGUAAAAAACGACCAAUACAAUGUCUCCGUGGUUGCAAUGGAUACAGAUGGCAGAUCUUGCACAGGAACAUUAGUAGUUCUUUUGGAAGAUUAUAAUGAUCAUCCACCACAAAUUGAUAAAGAAGUGACAAUUUGUCAGCAUGCUAAGGAUUAUGCUGUUCUGGAACCUGUAGAUGCUGAUGGACCCGAGAAUGGUCCACCUUUUCAAUUCUUUCUGGAUAAUUCUGCCAACAAACUUUGGAAUUUAGAAACAAAAAAUGGUAAAACUGCCAUUCUUCGUCAGCGGCAAAUUCUUGAUUAUAACGAAUAUAAUGUGCCUAUCACAAUAAAAGAUAGACAUGGUUUAAAUGCAAGACACAUGUUAAUGGUGAGAGUAUGUGACUGUACAACCCCAUCUGACUGUAAAAUGAAUUCAAAAAAUGUGAGAGAUGUUAAGCCAAACGUAAUACUUGGAAGAUGGGCUAUUCUUGCCAUGGUGUUGGGUUCUGCAUUGCUGUUAUGUAUUCUGUUUACUUGUUUCUGUGUUACUGCUAAGAGAACAGUAAAGAAAUGUUUUCCAGAUGUAGCCCAGCAAAAUUUAAUUGUGUCAAACACUGAAGGACCCGGAGAAGAAGUGAUGGAAGCAAAUAUUAGACUCCCCACACAGACAUCCAACAUUUGUGACACAAGCAUGUCUGUUGGCACUCUUGGUGGCCAAGGAGUCAAAACACAGCAAAGCUUUGAGAUGGUCAAAGGUGGCUACACUUUGGAUUCCAGCAAAGGAGGUGGACAUCAGACCUUGGAAUCUGUCAAGGGAGCAGGACAGGGAGUAAUGGAGCCUGGCAGAUACACAUAUACCGACUGGCACAGCUUCACCCAACCUCGGCUUGGCGAGAAGGUGUAUCUGUGUGGACAAGACGAGGAGCAUAAACGUUCUGAAGACUACGUGCGUUCGUAUAACUAUGAAGGAAAAGGGUCUAUGGCCGGCUCUGUAGGCUGCUGCAGUGAUCGGCAGGAAGAAGAAGGGCUUGAGUUUCUAGAUCAUCUGGAACCCAAAUUUAGGACGCUAGCAAAGACAUGUGUAAAGAAAUAAAUGUGUUUUAACAGAGAAACAUCUACAAAUGCAUAUGUAGGAAUUUACUGAAUGUAAAAUGAUAGCAGCAUCUGCUAAUAUGUUUGUUUAUUGGAAGUAAACUUUGAGUCAUGUAUAGGUAAGGGUACUAUAAAUACAAAGCUCCCCUAAAUUCUCCUCGUCUGAUAUAACUUCCUAUUCGCUAGAAAGAAAAGUUUCAUGUGUUAAUUUUCUUUUAUAUGCAUGUAUAUAUUGCCCUUUCCAGGACUCUACCAAUGUGCGUUCUUGCAUCUUCUGUUUGAAAACUUACAUUACUCUCUAUGCUAUGAAAGUGUGUGGUGGGAGAGCUGGGUAUUGUCGAGGCUAAUGAAAAAUGAAUUUUAAUUUGAUAUGAAAAUUACAUAUUUUCUUCAAAAUUCUGGGGAGAUUGCUCUUAGAAAUAUUCUUAGAAAUAUCGUCUUUGGUGCCAGAGAAUUGAUUCUUCUACCUGAGUGGCUAUGUAUUGAAGGACUUUUAAGUAUUCUUUGGUGCAGUCUUCAAUUUGGUAAAUAAGUAUUCAUUUCUCACUGCACUUUUCACACUGCAGAGGUGCUCCCAGCACUGUUUGCUUUCAGGAGCCUUCAGCGCUCGGUCCUUGGAUCUCUGCCCAUAUGGAUGCAUAAUCAGGUUCCAGCUUCUAUGUUUGUUGGAAAGGCAUGGACCAGAACAAGCCCACAAUAAUGUGAGCCACAGAGAUUUUGUAAGGAUCGAAUGGGAGGAUUUCCAAGAAAGAAUUGUAACCUUGAUGCCCAUGGUUGACUUAGACUCACAAAUAUGUUUCGUUUGCCCACCAGGAUGUACUAUUACCUUUUUAAAAUAUAAAUACCUUGGCAAAAACAUGCACUGUCUUAGUUUGACAGAGGCCCACCAUCUUCAAGCAUUUGUGAAACCAGCCUGGCAAGCAUUAGACUUGCAAUCCUGAUCCACGGUGCUUAGCCUUUAAAAUAUGCUAAAAAUGGAAUGAGCAACCAUAUUGGAAUUGAAUACUCUGCCUACCUUGGUAAUUACUUUAAGAAAAUGGAAAGUCAAAAAUAACAAAUUUCUAGCAUGUAAAUGUUAAAACAUGGAAAUCUAUGAAAGCAACACUUAACCAAACAAUUGUUGAAUGAUGGAUAAAUGAAUGAACAUAUGAGUUAAUAAAUUAUUUUGAAUGUAUAACAUUUAAAUAGGAUAUUAUAUUGUAUUAAAAUAGAAAGAAGCUAUAUAUUUAAUAUUUUAAUAGUCUUUUGUGCCAAACUCUCUAAAUUUAUAGACAAUAACAGUAUAUAUCACAUAGAAAUUUCUCAUUCAGACCAAAUAACUCUUUCAUUUUCUUUAUUAGCUAGUAAACUAUUGAAAAGAGUGGUUGAUUUUUCCAAAUUUUGUAAUUAUUCUUCUUAUUCUCAAUUACAGCUUCUGAUUAAAGCUGUUUCUUGAUGUGAAAUUGGAUAUUAGAACAGAAUACAAAAGUAGUUUUAAUAAAUAAAUAUUUUAUUUUAUAGGAUGUCCACAAUGUAUGAUUUUUAUAGCAAUUGUGAGUAAAAUAAUUUUGGGGCAUUAAUGCAAUUUCUGUUGUCUGAGGUAUACAUUACUCUGACAAUGGUACCUGUUUAGAAAUCUUUAAGUAUAAUAUUAAAAAUUUGGAAAUAAAUCAUGCCAUGUUAUAUUCUCGAAUGUAGAUGCAGAACAUUUUCUGAGCAAUUAAAAACCAUUAGCUGAACAUUAACUUAUAUGUUUGUUUAUGUUUUCAUUUCUUAUAUUCACUUAAAUAGGAAAGAGAAAUUUUAUAUCUGAACAUAAAGUACAACUAAAGGCUUAAGGUUAGCAAAAUAAGACACUCUAAAAGUAUUACAAGAAUUGUUAGAAAGUAUGGAAAAUGGAUUUGUAUUAAGCAGUUUUGGCUAUUUUAAAUAUUUUCAAAUAUUAUUACAAUUUAUCUUGCAAAGGAACUAUGAUUUGUCUUUUAUUUAGGAAAUCCACGUUCUCUGUUUACACUCAAAAUUAAAUGUUGUUUGUAUGACUGAUAAGAUUUAUGAAACUCCACUGGCCUGUUUACCAAUUUAGUUUGUUAAUAAAGCAUUUUAUAUUUUUAUGGAUUAUUUCAUAUAAGUUAAUCAUCAAUUGUCAAUAAAUAAGUCAUUAUGAAUUGUUCUUCUGUAAUUAAAUCUAUAGUUAGGGAAAAUAUACAAUUAAGCUUUUCUUAUCUUGAUUCAGAUCUCAAAAGUAUUUCAUGUUGAAAAAAAUCCCAUGGGCACACUAAGAUAGAUGAAAAUUGAUACAAUUAUUAUAAAUUAGCUUUGUUAAAUACCUCUUUAACUUUACUGAGCUUUCAAUUCUCAUGUUUAUUAAAAAUAUUUUAUAAAAGUUGUUAUCUAUGCUUAUGUUUACUUUUAAAAAAUGGAAUAUGCUGUUAUUUGGAAAUUGUUCACAAUAGAUGUUUUAGAGUUGAGGAUUUUUAUUAUCAUAGAAAAGAAAAGCAAACUCCAUUUUGUGGUGUCUUAGCUUUAAAAGCCCUGUACCAGUUGAAAAUCCUCAAUUAGAUUAGGGUAACAAAACAAAACAGAUUAUGUAUAUUUCUGCAUGUCUCUGGUCUCUUAUCUGCUUUUCUAAUAAAUCUGAAGGAACACU